AUGUUCUCGAAGCCCGAGGACAAAAAUAAGAAGAAAUACUACAAGUUCCACCGAGACGUCGGUCAUGACACUGAAGACUGCCGCCAACUGAAGAGAGAGAUCGAGGAUGUGAUCCAAAAGGGGCACCUCCGGAGAUACGUCAGGGAGGACAGAAAGGAUAAUCCUCGGGGCCGAGACAGCACAAAGAGCGACCCUAAGAGGGAUGACCGACCCAAAGGAAGAGAUGAGCGAGAUCCCUGGGACGACUGGCGAGAUGACCAGAGAGAGAACCGAGGAACUGGCACUGAGGCCAACACCUCCAAUGCCCCGGCUAUUCUCCCCAUUCUGGGAGGCCCGGGGCAGGAGUCGUCCCAAAAAGCAAAGUCUAAAGCACGGUUUGUGGCCUUAGCGGAAGUAUCCGAGAAGAAAACACGAAUUGAGCCAACAAUUACCUUCUCCGAUGGAGAUCUUGAGGGGCUGAGCUGGCUACACGACGAUGUAGUCGUGGUUCAGGAAGUUAUAGCCAACCGUCUGGUGCACAGGAUUUUGGUGGAUACCAGGGCAUCAGUAGACAUGUUGUCGUACGAUGCCUACGUACAGUUCAAGUUCGAGCCAGGCACGCUGAAGCCCUAG